CACAUUUGUGAAUGAGCCAAACCUUUGUGGUACUGCAAGAACUGUGCAGUCUUAUAAAAGCCAUGUCCAAGAUUUAGACACUGCUGUUGCUGGCUCUGUAUUUGGUAUCAAAGGGGACUCUCCUUUUAACAAGUUUGCACAUUUCCAUGUUUGUCAGCCUGGGCUCCCACCAUGUCUAGGGCACGAUCUAUUUGAGGGUGUUGUUUCUUAUGACCUUGCUUUGUUUGUUGGUCGUUUAGUUGAGGAGAAGCAUUUUACAUAUUUGCAAUUGAAUCGAUGCAAAAAUCAGUUCAAAUACAAAGGAAAUGAUGCAAAUGACAAACCAGGCGAACUCUCCCCCGGAAGUGAGCAGUUAAGUGGACAUGCUGUCCAGAAUUGGUGUUUUCUCAGAAUGCUACCUCUCUUAAUUGGUGACAGGAUUAAAGAUCCAUGUAGAAAUUAGGUAUGGCAACUGAUAUUGCAACUGAGAGAGAUAGUGGAGCUUGUUUGUGCACCAGCUGUAACAACAGGGCAGGUUGCAUAUCUCAAAGUUUUAAUCGAAGAAUACAUUUGCACCAGGCAAAAGCUCUUCCCUGAUAAUCCCUUACGACCUAAGCAUCAUUACAUGUGUCAUUACCCUGACCUUAUACACCACUUUGGUCCACUAAUUCGCCUCUGGACUUUGAGAUUCGAAAGCAAGCACAGUUAUUUUAAGAAGUGUGCCAGAAAACUGCACAAAUUUAAAAAUCUUUGCAAAACUCUUGCAGAGAGACACCAACUUCUGCAAGCUUAUCUAGGUGCAGGCAGCAUGUUCCCUCCAGUUGUACAGAUACAGAAGGGUGUAGUAUUCUAUAUUGAUGAUUACAGUGACAGGAUUAGAGAGGCAGUGGCCAGUUACAAUUUUGAUUCACAGUCUACAGUGGCAUGUAAUGAAAUCACAGUGAAAGGCACAAAAAGGGGAUGUUUGUUUUGCUUGAAAAGCAUGAUGAUGAACUCUAUGCUGGAAGGAUUAUUCUAGUGGUUGUCGUACAUGAGUCUGUGUACUUUGUUGCAGAGAAACAUGCCUUUGCCAAGUUGAGAGACAUUGGUGUCUAUUGUGAAUUAGGAUUAGCUCAAAAUUAUUAUCUUUGUGUUAACCAAGAACAUUUGCUUGACUACUAUCCUCUUCCAACUUAUGAGGUGUUUGACUUGCUACACAGUAAAAUUACCAGUGUAAAAAAUGCAGUGUUAAAUGUUAAUAACUCCCAAAAAGUUGAAUUAACAAUCUACAGUGUUGAUGAGUACACCCUGUCUUUGUAGUUGCAGGGUGCAACAUUAUGUGAUUUUAUUUUUACACUAAAAGUGCAAAAAGACGCGCCAAAUUGUCUUGCCUCCACCCUCAACGACUGCCUUGUGGGGCAAUUGCGCCAUUUUGUCUGCACGCGACGGAGAAGGUAAGUCUGUUUCCGCGCUUUUCUUGUGUUAACAUUAUUUAAAUAAAAAAUACACAUUAUCUCGAAUACGUUUAGAAAUAACUGUUCUGCUGAUGUUUCUUUUAGGAUUAAGGAUGCUCAUUAAAGUGAAGUUCAACCAUGAACAAAAGUUUGUUAAAGUUUCUGGCGCCGACCUGAAACUCUCUGAUUUUUUGGAUGAAGCCUUUGUGAAAUUCGGAAUUCCUGCCUCCAAACGCGCAGAGACCAGGCUCUAUGAUUCGUCUUACACAGAAGUUGAUGAGGAUGUUUUCGAGGAGGUUAUAAAGCAGCCAAAUUUAGGCGUUUUUAUUCUUCGAUUCGAAAACUCGUCACACGAUUUGGCCCAGGUCCCUUCUGUGACAAGUGAAGAAAGCUCAUUGCAGAAUGCAAACUAUGAAUCUGAUGACACCAGUCUUCUAAGUGAUGGAAGUCCUUCAAGAAAGCAACAGAGGGUUGAAGAUGAAGCCAGAAUUACUAAACCUGGUGGAGACGCUAUCAUCAGGGAAUACAACAAAACCAAAAGCUUGACUGACAGCACCAGGAGAAAGAUGAUCAAGAUUCUUACUGCAGAUAUGGCUGAAAAACACAGCACAUCUCCACCCAGAAAUAUUAGGGAAAUGUAUGCCCAAGGAAUCGUUGCCCUGUUUCCAUAUCUUCGUGAUCCCUACACAAAGAAUGGAUAUGAACAUUAUUAUGACCCUCAAAGUGGACAAGGUUACCUGACUUGGAAAAUAAAGAACAUUCAGAGGAACAGUGCAUCAUCAGAGAACUGUAGACGUUCCUCACAGUCUUUCAGUGGUGGCCCAACUUCGGAAAGAGAGGCUGCAUCCAGCACAGAUGUUAUUUUCACUGAAGAACAGUGUAGAGAAGCAGUUUCUCUAAUGAAACACACCUCAGAAGUGGACACCAUCAAGAUCAAAAUGAAGGAGACAUUUCAGUACCGUCGCAAGAUGAUUCAAGACCCAAACAGAAGCACUGAUGUGUUGAGGGAAUUUCCACGCUUCCUGGAUGUUCAAGGCCUGAUUGAACAGGAUUUUGUUUUGCUCUUUGGUGAAAAGACGACUUCUAAGCUUUUAGAAAGGUGGCCAACUACAUUCAUGCACAAAGUUAUUCAGCAAAGCAAAAGUCUUAACUCCUCCCAAGCUCUUCAGGACUUGAUUGACUGUGCCGAAAUGACUGUGAAGGAGAAUGAAAUAGGGGAUGCAGGAUGGAACAGUGACAUUGCUUCUAUUCUUCUUUUACUUCAUUUGAUCCCACCUUCACCACAAGGCAGAAAGAGACCUGGAAAGAUGUCCGCAUCUCAAGCAGAAAAACACCUCGUCAUCUUCAAAAAGGCUGGUACUAACAUACAAGAGCACCUGGACUCAAUUGAAGAAAGCACACAGCCAUACCUGCUUGCCAUGGGUCCAAAGAAGAACAGCAUUCAUGUAUACUACAUCAUUCUCGACAAGAAAGCCAUACCGUGCAAAUCAGUGAGUGGUCUCAGUGCCUUUGAUGAACUUUUCAAAGCGCACUUUGUGUUUGGUGCAUCUUACAGCAAAGUCCUGCACAACAUGUACACCUUUGUACAAACAACAGUUUUUCAGAUUGACAUUGGCAAAGUCAAAGAGUGCCCAAGAGUUGCUGAACUCAGAGCUAGAUUCCUGCGUUAGAUUUGAUUGCUGGGAAAAAUUAUUUGUUUUGUUUGUUUUUGUUGUCUGAAAAACACAAAUGUUCUUGUUCGACAUCUAAAGUUAAUUCAUGGGCUCUUGCCUGGCAAAUCACUUAGACUGAAAUGUGGUGAAGCAGGUUGCUGUUUAGAAUUUGCAACUUUUUCAGGUUUUCGCAAACACUUAAAAAGAGUUCAUGAAGCAGGUGAAGUUUUGUUAUGUGUAGAGGAUGAUGCUGUUGUUCAUAAUGCAGUUGGGCUACCGAGUAAUACUGAUGUGGCUACAUGUUCAAAGGACAGUUCUUUGCCAGUUCCCAGCAAAAACACUACCGAUUUGUGUGCAUCAGCAAUAGCACAAUUGCAAGCUGCAGGUGUUAGUCAGACUACUGUUGAUACUUUUGUUAUGUCUAUGGAGGAAGUAGUUCAAGACAUCCAGGAUCAAGUAAAAGAGACCGCUAUAAAAUGCUUAUUUUCAGAAA